CGGGGCUGCGGGGCUCGUGUUCGGCGGCGGGGACAGUCAAAGUGGCUCCCAUAGGGAGAGACGGCGAGUCCGCCCGGCGCUGCGGGAGAGGGAGGGGGCACGGGGAGCCCCAGGGUCUCCCUCCGGCCGUCCGUCCGCGCCGCCGCCGCGGGUGCGCCCCUCUCGCUCCCUUCCCGGCGUGCGCCCGGCUCCGGCAACUCGCUUCCUGCGCGGCUGGAGGAGGGAGGAGAGCAGCGGAGAGCGCUUCGGCUGGGAGAGGAGAGAAGAAAGAGGGAGAAAAGAAAGAAAGAAAAGAGAGAGGGGAGAAGGGGGGGGGACUUGCCUCUCUUGUCACUGGAAAAUGACACUUGAUGUAGCAGAGCCUGCCGCAGCUCCCGUUCGUCCUAUUGUUUCUUAAACUGCCAUCUGAGAUUUUUUUUUUUUUUUUUCUGCCUGCUGCCAUCCGAGGGGUGUCUUCAUACAAAAGGGACUUCAAGUACUCCUCCGGCUUGCGAGCGCUGCAACCAGCCCCCAGCACCCCGCCAGCCUCUCCAAGCACCCAAACAAACUGCACACGCAGCAAACAGCAGCAACAAAACCGGGCUCUGAUUGCCUCUGGAUUUUUUUUUUUUUUUUUAAUGUGUGUGCCUGUGUUUGCUUUCUCCGACUUGCUUUGAUUCCAGCGAUCAGCUGCAGAGAGAGAAAAAAGAGAGAAAGAAAGAAAAAACCCCACAUAUAACAGUCCGCCUGGCGAUUUUAUCACUUUUUAAAAUUUUGAAUAAAGAAGGAAGAUUUGCGCUGUUGUUUCUGAUUCAUGUUUGGGAUUCAGGAAAGCAUCCAGCGGAGUGGGAGCAGCAUGAAGGAAGAGCCCCUCGGCGCGGGGAUGAACGCGGUGCGGACGUGGAUGCAGGGAGCCGGCGUCCUGGACGCCAGCACGGCCGCUCAGAGCGGAGUGGGUCUGGCCCGGGCUCACUUCGAGAAGCAGCCGCCUUCCAACCUGAGGAAGUCCAACUUUUUCCACUUCGUUCUGGCUCUGUACGACCGGCAGGGGCAGCCCGUGGAGAUCGAGCGCACCGCCUUCGUGGGCUUCGUGGAGAAGGAGAAGGAAGCCAACAGCGAAAAGACCAACAACGGGAUCCACUACCGCUUGCAGCUGCUCUACAGCAAUGGGAUCAGGACGGAGCAGGAUUUCUACGUCCGACUCAUCGACUCCAUGACCAAGCAGGCGAUAGUAUAUGAAGGCCAAGACAAGAACCCAGAAAUGUGCCGAGUUCUGCUCACGCAUGAAAUAAUGUGCAGCCGCUGUUGUGACAAGAAAAGCUGUGGCAACAGAAAUGAGACUCCAUCAGAUCCAGUGAUAAUUGACAGGUUCUUCUUGAAAUUUUUCCUCAAAUGUAACCAAAAUUGCCUAAAAAAUGCAGGAAACCCUCGAGACAUGCGUCGAUUCCAGGUCGUGGUGUCUACAACAGUCAACGUCGAUGGCCAUGUGUUGGCAGUGUCGGACAAUAUGUUUGUGCACAACAAUUCCAAGCAUGGGCGGAGAGCUCGAAGACUCGAUCCCUCGGAAGGUACGCCUUCUUAUCUGGAACAUGCAGCUACACCAUGUAUCAAAGCCAUCAGUCCAAGUGAAGGAUGGACUACAGGAGGUGCCACUGUCAUCAUCAUAGGAGACAAUUUCUUUGAUGGGUUACAGGUCAUAUUCGGCACCAUGCUGGUUUGGAGUGAGCUGAUUACUCCGCAUGCCAUCCGUGUACAGACGCCUCCCCGACAUAUCCCAGGGGUUGUAGAAGUUACAUUGUCUUACAAGUCUAAGCAGUUUUGCAAGGGAACGCCUGGAAGAUUCAUUUACACAGCUCUGAACGAACCCACCAUUGACUAUGGUUUCCAAAGGUUACAGAAGGUUAUCCCCCGGCACCCUGGUGACCCCGAACGCUUGCCAAAGGAAGUAAUACUUAAGAGGGCUGCUGAUUUAGUAGAAGCACUCUAUGGUAUGCCACAUAAUAACCAGGAAAUAAUCCUGAAAAGAGCUGCAGACAUCGCCGAAGCACUCUACAGCGUCCCCCGCAACCACAACCAGCUCCCCGCCCUCGCCAACACCUCCGUCCACGCGGGAAUGAUGGGAGUCAAUUCCUUCAGUGGCCAGCUCGCUGUCAAUGUCUCCGAAGCCUCCCAAGCCACCAACCAGGGUUUCACUCGCAACUCCAGCAGUGUGUCACCUCAUGGCUACGUGCCAAGCACCACCCCGCAGCAGACAAACUACAACUCUGUCACAACAAGCAUGAAUGGCUAUGGGAAUGCUGGAAUGUCAAAUUUAGGUGGUUCUCCAACCUUCCUGAAUGGAUCUGCUGCCAAUUCUCCCUAUGCCAUUGUGCCAUCAAGUCCAACAAUGGCCUCCUCCACUAGCCUCCCCUCCAACUGUAGCAGCUCCUCUGGGAUUUUCUCCUUCUCACCAGCCAACAUGGUCUCAGCGGUGAAACAGAAGAGUGCGUUUGCGCCUGUCGUGAGACCCCAAACCUCCCCACCUCCCACCUGCACCAGCACCAAUGGCAAUAGCCUGCAAGACCAGUCUUUUGUGGACUCUAGCAAGUACUCCACUGCAGGGUCUCUCCAGGGGCUGGCCUUCUCCUGAACUAUAUCUGGCAUGAUUGUUCCCCCCAUGUGAAAGAAUUGCCUUGAAGAAUUUUAUUAAUGAAGAGGUUGAAUUCUGCUUCAGAGAGAAUCUGAUACAAGUCCCAGAGUGGAACUUUUUACUCAGGCCUUUUUAAAAAUAAAAAAGAAAUAAAGAAGGAUCUUACAAUAACUGCAGAUUUUUAAACAAAACAAAAAUCACCAUCCUUGCAAAUACUGAAAUUAACAAUCCACAAUUGCAAGGUGUUGAUUCAAGUUGUCCAUCCCAAAUACCUGGGAGAUAUAUUUAUUGUAUGUUGAUAAAAAAUCCACUUUUUUUUUUUUUGGGCGGGGGGUGGGGGCUUGCUUUUAUUUCCUUCUGGUUUUUUGUGUUUUUUUUAAGGCUUGAUUUAACUCAACACCAUUUGUCUUUUAUAAAUCAUACAAUUACACAAGGGACACUAGAGAUGGAACUCCACAUUUUUAAUUUAUGAAUUUUUUUUCUUUUCCAAGCUGUGUAAAGGAAAAUGAAGUGGUGUCAUUUACAUACAAGUCUGUAUGGGACAGAAUAGAAGUGCCAGUUAGUUUUUCGUAGAAGAAUUAUGGCCAUUUAAUUAAGGGUCGGCUCAUAUACGUUGCUUAUCCAGUGGUGACUUGCUGAUAUGACGCAUUUUUAAUGUUCUAAUUAAAUAGAUAUCACUCCCUAGAAAGCUGAUAUUUUUGGAUUAUGAGGGUGGGGUGAGGGGUGGGAUCAGUAACCUCUGCCUUUAAUACCAGGCUGAAAAAUUGUGUAAAUAAUACACCAAGAAAAGUUCAUCAGAGAACACCAGGUUGGAAGGGGAGUUAAGGUCCAACCUUUCUUGACAAAAAGCUGGUGGAAGGGCAGGUAAGGAUGGAAAUAUCAAAUCUGACUCCUCUGGAAGUGCAAACCCAGUGCCUGUAGAUGCAAUGCCAGACUUGCAGAAGAGGAGAGCACGGCGCUCUCUCUUUGGGUGAUGACAUCUCAGACCCCUCCAAACGAGCGGCCUUCCCCAAGCCCAGCCUCAGCUCAGCUGUGCCCUUUGGCUCUGGCACGGGGGGCACAGCCUCAGGCUGGGUUUGCACCCUCCCCACCCCGAGGCUCUCCUGGCCGAGGCUCCCACUGGCAUCGUUCCUGUAUCAGUCGACCCUCCCAGUUGGUACCGCGCUCUAUCCAGGACAGGGAACUGCUUUUGAGUAGUGAAACAUGAGUUUGGGGGUGGGGGUGGGGCUCUUAGGAAGGUUUCAAAUCCAAACCAUAGCUUCUGUUUUACGAAAAAAUUUUGCUAUCAUUAUCUGGGAAGUGUUCUUACAAACUAUUAGUCAAAGAGGCAGCAAAGCUCCGAAGAUGCAUUACCUGAUAUUUUUUCUUUGCUGUUGUGUUUUGUAUGUAGUUAUAAAUACUGUAGAUUUUUUGUGAUUUUUUGCCAAAGUUGUUGUUCUAUUUAUACAUUUUAAUGUCUUAAGACAGUUUUUCAAUAUCACAAAAAAAAAAAAAAAAGAAUUUUACUGCAUAUUUUGCAAAAAGAGCUCACUACCUUUAGCUUGCACAUACUUGCAAAUUAAUUAAAGAAAAAAAAAGCUUUUUGUUUCUGUUUUUUGUUUGUUUGUUUUACGGGGGAUUUUGUAAAAUAUCCAUAUAAAUAAUGUAUUUAUCUUUGGAAUUUGUACAUUGCUUUUUGUCCCCUACAAGUUUAUUUUAUUGUGUAUGUUUGCUAUGUGGAAAGUGCUGAUUUGUUUGAUCAUUCACCGUUGUAUUAGCUGUUUAAAUGUGAUUUUAAUACAUUUCAUUUAUAGGGUUGUUUUUUUUAGUAUUGUUUAAAACCAUGCUUCCAUUUUUUUUUUAAUUUCCACCCAAAAGCCAUUGUCUAUUUUUGUAUUAUUUGUAAGUUAAGAAGUUUUUUCCAAUAUAUGGCAAAAAGUAGCAUAUUAUUCUUGUAGCAUUUAGUUAUGUAGAUUUUAAAAAAAAAUGUAUCCUUUGCUUUUGAGGCUUAACAAAAACUAAUGCUGUUUUACUCUAUUAAUAUGCAUGGGAUUUCUCCUCUUUGGAGUGACGCAUUUUUGUGCAUUAAAUAUGGGGAGAAACUUCAUAGAACUCAAUGAAAAUACUUUCUUUCUUAAGUCUGCUUGUAUAUUUCUCUGUCUUUCACAUAAAUAUAAACCAGCAGAUUGGAUGCCUUAACAAUGCAAAUCAUAAUCAUUUCACUUGUACAUUGUACUGUGCACCAGAACUGUCAAUCAUCACUAACAUUCUAAGAAAAAAAAAAAGGAAUUGAAAAGCACAAAAGAACUGUUUUGUUACCUUAAAACAAUAUAACUUUUUUCUAGUCGAGCAAGAAAUCAUUUACAACGAUGCUGCAACUGUGCAUGCUUCCUGUAUGAAUUUUGCAAUGGUUUUCACUAGAAUGUCACAGUGUGAUCUUUGGGGGGAAGGGAAAGAAAAACAGGAUUUUUUUUUUUUUUUUCAUGGUGAGAAAAUAAAAGAAGAGAAAACUGGAAAAAUGUGAGAGAGAUCAGUUUAUUGCUUCUCUGUAUUCCAAGCGAUUAUUCUAAUUCACAUAAUGAGCAACAGCACGACAAUGUAAUCAAAUUUAAAGCCAUAUUUUGUCCAGUGACACCGUCGAUUUCUCUUGUAGAGCUCCACUCAGUCCUAGUGAUUCUGACACCACUUUAGCCACAUUUGUAGUCUCUAUUCCAGUGUCCAAAGAGCCUUUGACAAUGUGCAUAAUUCCAUUUUGUUGCAGCUAUUUAUCAUGGUCUGAUGAAUGGGAAUUUAUCAAAAAUCUCCCCCGCACCACCCUUUGUCUUUUACAAAGUAAAAGAUGCAGCUGUUUACAGAAUAUGGCUUUAAGUGGAAACAUUCAGAUUUCAGUUUUAACAAGGUGAAGCUUCACAAUGACUGGAUUGCAUAAAGUAAUGCCUAUUUCCUCACAGUUGUACUAGGAUGCAGCUAAAAUGAAGUCAUCUCUGAAACUACUAACCUUUCACCUUCUUAUCUAAAUCUUUUUGAAUAGACACACACACUGUACAGUUCUAUUGUUAGAGAAACUAACUACUGUAGAGAUUGUUAUAAUUUUUUUGCAGAAAUUCAAGCUGUAAAAACUUUUCAACUUUCACAAUAUUUAAUUAAAGUUACUUCCUGUCUGUGAA